GUCACUCCUCAAUACAGGCAAAAACUUUCGAUUUGAGUUUCAGGCAAUAAACUUCUCCAUUUCCCGUUUCCGUUUCGCUGGGUCUCCCCACUGGUAGGAUGCUGACGAGGGGCUACAAUCGACCGCCAAAGCGUAAGCUGAUCCCCCAACUAUUUAGCAACAUCUUGCGGGUGAUCGCCGAUGCCGAUCGUCCGCUGACACAGCAAGAGAUCGUUGAGGGUGUGGCCGAGCGCCUGGAUCGCUGCGACGAGGAGUUAAAGCGACAGAUCACGGUCGCUCUCAACGAUGCCCUCAUCUACGGCUAUCUGCGGAUCAAGGACCAUUGCUACUCGGUGGUCACCGAUUGCCUGGACCCCAGCGAGCGGCGGGCCAUGAGCAGCUCGGCGCCACAGCAGAAGACAUCUAGAGACGGAACCUCGGGCACGCGGGUCCAGCGAUCUGUCUCCGUACGCCUGGAUACCAGCAGUCCGCAUGCUUCAAUCUCCUAUGGAACAGCUGGAGCCUCGGACUCGGAUGAACAACGGCUGCUCGAGCGGCGCUCAAGGGCUCAAGAGCCUGCCGAAGAGGGAGUAGAGCCGGGCACAGACACCGCUCCCACUUUCAGGCACAGGUUGCCGUCGAGCCAGAGCAGGAGACCCAGCGAAUUGGAGUGAUGCGUUCCCCCCAAAAAGUAGUGCAGAAAUUAUACAUUAGAGCAACAAUAGAUAAACCAUAUGGAAGGUAC